CCGCCGCCGCCGCAGCAGCAACAGCAGCAGCCGCCAUCAUGGUGAACGUGCCCAAGAUCCGGCGCACCUACUGCAAGAAGUGCGGCAAGCACCAGCCGCACAAGGUGACGCAGUACAAGAAGGGCAAGGACUCUCUGUACGCGCAGGGCAAGCGGCGCUACGACCGCAAGCAGAGCGGCUACGGGGGCCAGACCAAGCCCAUCUUCCGUAAGAAGGCCAAGACCACCAAGAAGAUCGUGCUGAGGCUCGAGUGCGUGGAGCCCAACUGCAGGUCCAAGAGGAUGCUGGCCAUCAAGCGCUGCAAGCACUUCGAGCUGGGAGGAGACAAGAAGAGGAAGGGGCAAGUGAUCCAGUUCUGAGCUGCCUCCGGCGCGCGCCCUGGCUCCCGGGAGAUAAACGAUUAAAAUAUUGAAGCUCAAAAAAAAAAAAAAA